AUGGCUCUAGAUUUGGAUCAGCUACUUGUUAAGAUGACAGCGUCAGUUGAGAAGGCCUGUGCAUCUCAAAAAAAUGCUUCUGGUUUAUUGCAAAAAGAUAAGAUACCCAAACUUGUAGAGGAUUUGCUUCUUGAGAGUGAAAAAAACAAAAAUAAUAAGCUUAAGGGAAUGUCGUUAUUGGCAUUGAAGAAUUCGUCGUUAUUGUCAUAUAUAAACAAUUUGGCAUUGAUUAUAUUAUCUAAAGUUGAGCUAUUAGAUCAUCAUCUUGAAAAGAGCGAUGAAAAUACAAAGGAUGGUGAGAAAGGUGUGGAAAUCGAAAAAAUAUUAAACAAAUCAAUAGAGAAUACAGUUACGCAAAGAGUGAUACUUGAAAGAGGUGUAAAAAGUUUGGAAAAAAAAUUGAAUUAUCAAUUUGAUAAAAUCGUGAAUACAUAUAAACGAAUGGAAAAAGAUAGCCAGGAACUGGAUAAAAAGCCCAAGUCGAUAGCUUCUCAAAGCAUAAAUGAAAAUGAUAGCAGUGAUAAUGAUGGUGACAGUGAUAGUGAUGAUGAGUUGAAUUUCAAACCUGAUACUCAAUCAUUGAUUAAAACUAUUAAAAGUACGAGUGAAAAGGAAAAUGUUUCAACAUCAAAUUUGAAUGAAAAAUAUAAACCACCAAGGAUAUCAGCAGUUGCACCACCAACAUCCAAUAAGGAUUCAUUAGACAAACCAAUGAAGAGUAAGAACAAGAGAAUUCAAUCAAUGGAUGAAUAUUUAAAGGAAUAUGGAAACGCGCCAUUAUUAGAGGCCUCGAUUGGAUCUACGAUUGUUAAUCAUGGCAGAGGUGGAGUUAAAACCAAUAGGGAUAGAGAAAAGGAAAGGGAGAUUCAAGAUUAUGAAGAGAAUAACUUUGUUAGAUUACCAAGUUCAAAGAGCCAAAGAAAGAAAAGUGGUAGAGAAUCAAGACAGAAGCAAUUGAAUGUUUUUGGUGGUGAGGAUUUUUCUAUAUUUAACAACUCCAAGAGUUUCAAGUCUAGUGAUUUUAAGAGAAAGAGAAGUGAUAAUUCAUCAUCGGCUUGGUCAAAAGCUAAAAGACGUCGUUAG